AUGGUCGUGCCCAUUCCGGAAACGAAGGACGUGUUUGGCAACAAAAAAAGGAUACGAAUCGAGAACAACCAAAAUAAUUUACAAAUCAUCGGCAAUCAAAACCGGAUAUUGGUAAAAGCUAACGAUGGCACCCUGAAUGUGAUAGGCAAUUUGAACAACGUGAAGAUUAUGAGUAACCGUGGGAAAAUUAACUACAUCGGAAAUGAAGGAUCGAUUUACCUGAGUGAUCAGAGCAAAUCGAUGAAGGUGAACUACACGGGAAACAACGCCAGAAUCAGGAUCUGCGACCACGAGCAGUUAUCGGAUCGAUUUCGAUAGAAGCGGAUAAAGUUACGUGUAUUCGAGACCGUACUAGGAAAGACUGCAGUGCAGUUGGACAGUGCGGCGAAACAAUAGUUCAAGUGAAGAGUAAUAGCAUCAAUUACAUGACUUAGAAGAAUGACUUAGUAAAUUAUUUAUUUAUCGUGGUGAAAAAAGUACACCUACAUAUGAAUCAUUGCCAGACUAUCAAGAAGCCUAGUUAGUGUAAAUUGUAUUCCUCUAGCGCCUAGAUGAGGCACACGCAAAAGACUGAUAUUUAU